CAUACAAUUCUCUUACGUAGACCGGUAAACAACCGUAAAUAGUCUAGUAGAAAGUCACGUUUCCUAAGCAUAAAAGCGUAAAGAGAAGGGUAAGCUCUGCCUUUUAGCCUCUCAGCCACCGAGAUCAAGAUCAACUGUUUUCGAAAUCCCUAGUUCGUUAGCCUGCUGGAUGAAAGACGACUUUUGAAGCUGCCAAAUGUCUUCGCCUCUGAAAACCAACGACUCCAAUGGAGUGAAAGUGCGAUCGUAUCAAAGCGCUGAUUAUAGGGAUUGUCGAGAAAUAUUCACUCAGGGAAUGGAGCAGUUGAUCAAGCUUGUGGCACAGGUGGUCUUCCCCAGAUACUGCUGGGUUCUAGCAGCUUUAAGUGCCUUUGUUUUUCUCGCUGCUUUUAAAUAUUCCCUGUGGCUUGUUCCUCUUUACAUCUUCACUUGCUUCGUUGUGCUGUCGCUUUUGUAUGUGCAUGUUUAUCUGGAGUGUUGGAAAUACAUUAACUCCUGUUUGACAACAGAUUUGAAGAAGAUUGAAACGAUUUACAUGGCCAAUGAUGGUUGCCACAUGUGGGUGGCUGAGUGGAAUGGUAAAGUUGUGGGAAUGGUUGGACUCGUUCAUAAUGAGAGCCACAAGCCAGGAGUUGCUGAACUUCAGAGGAUGUCUGUAUCACCAGCCUGUAGAAGAAUGGGAAUCGCUAGGAAAUUGCUCGAUGAGCUACUAAAAUAUGCAAAAGAACAAAAUUUCGAGAAGGUUGUUUUGACUACCACAAGUGCCCAGACACCAGCCAUUCGACUUUACAAGAAAUACGGCUUCAAGCUCAUAGCAUUAUUUCCUUAUCCUCAAAAGCUUCUGGCAGAUCUGCAGUAUUCUUUCUUCGACCUCAAACUGAAUUAUUAGAAGUCUUAAUUAACCCUUCAACUCUCAAGAUCUACAUAUCAAUUUCCUGCUUCUAGUCCAACUCUACCUCUGGGGUUAAAUCGAACAAUAUUCACAUGUUACGAUUUUUCUUCAACCUAACCUCUCUCUGCUUCAAAAUGUAACGAAGUCGUAUGUGAUGGAAUGUAACCUGUUGAGGUACUGCUCAAACACGAAACCGGAUUUUACAUUUCAAAACAAUUCUCCUGAUCCACUUCCUCGAACGUUAAGAGAGGCUGUCGAGAGCGCGCUCAAAAUCGAUGAUUUUUUUUUAUUCAAUCUCGAAACGAUUUCAUUUUGUAUAAUUUUCAAUUGCAGGUUGUGUAGCCCUAGGUUGCUUGAAUGUAUACAUGCCGACGGAUGGCAUGGGUGAUCAAAUUUGACAAAAUAAAAUAAGAAAAGUUGUUAUAACUUCAAAACCCA